AUGGCGACAAGGCAAGGUCUGCGAGUCUGCAAGACCAAGCCCCGGGUUUUCAUCGUCUCAGACAUCUCCAAUGAGCCUGAUGACGCCGAAUCCUUGGUCCGCUACUUGCUCUACUCGAACGAAUUCGACACGCGAGGCCUCGUCGCCUGCACUUCGACGUGGCUGAGGACCAACGUCCAUCCCGAAGACAUGCGCACCAUUGUCAAGGCGUACGGAGAAGUGGUGCACAAUCUGAACGCGCACGUGCCUCCGGAGAAUCGCUAUGAGAGCGCUGAUUACUUCCUCUCACUCAUCAAAACGGGGCCGUCUAUGUAUGGGAAAGAAGCCCUGAAAGACGACGUGCCUGUGAGUGACGGGGCAGCGUUGCUGAUCGAACAAGUCGAUCAAUCGGCGCAACCCCUGUGGGUUCUCUGCUGGGGCGGCAUCAACGUGCUCGCGCAGGCGCUGUAUCACGCACAGAAAGCCAAGUCGGCGGCGGACUUUGCCCAUUUCCGCUCGAAGCUGCGGGUGUACACCAUCUCCGACCAGGACGACACGGGCAUCUGGAUCCGCGUUAAUUUCCCCGAUAUCUUCUACAUCUGCUCUGUCCACGGGUGGAAUGAGUACGGGAACGCCGCCUGGACCGGAAUCUCUGGCGAUGUCUUGCACGACUUCGAUCGGGGCGGACCCGACAAAACUAAAAUCACCAAGGAGUGGUUGAGAGAACACGUCCAGAUUGGGCCCUUGGGCAAAGCCUACCCCGACUACGCGUUCAUCAUGGAAGGUGACACGCCCACAUUCCUCUAUCUCAUCCAAAACGGUUUAGGACAUCCAGAACACCCCGAAUGGGGCAGCUGGGGUGGGAGAUACACCCGCGUUGAUCUGGGCGGAUUAACAAACCAAUUCCACGACGCAGUUGAUGAAGUUGUGGGCAUGAACGGCCAAAAAUUCCGCAGCAACCAAGCCACCGUAUGGCGAUGGCGCGACCAGUAUCAAAAUGACUUUGCCGCACGGAUGCAGUGGACAUUGACCGAUGAUCGCAGCAAAGCUAAUCAUGCACCCGUGGCCAUCGUGAAUAACAGCACGUCCAGUCCAGAGCCACUGAUCUUAGAAAUCGAGGCGGGUACGGAGGUGACUCUUGAUGCCUCGCAAAGCUACGAUCCCGACGGCGACUCCCUGACAUUCAAGUGGUCUCAGUACAAGGAACCAACCUCGGCACAGUCACCGAUCCACUGGCUCGUUCCGGACAUCGAGCUGGUGCCCCUGCAGGAUGACCACAGAAUCGUGAAACUUACCCUUCCGCCGCCGGAGACAUGCGCCGUCAAUAUCGUCACGGGCAAAGCGUUGGAGAAAGGCAUGGCGCUCCAUUUCAUCCUGGAGGUCACGGACGACGGGUCGCCACGCAUGACGACGUACAAGCGCGUCGUCGUGCAGACCACGAACAAGAAGCUCGUCGGCGGAAGGGAAAAGGUCUUUGAGACGGUGACGGCUGCUUUGGGGAAGGAUUAG